AUGGUGGCAAAAGUUGAGGACAUAAACCUACCAGGAAUAUUGAGGAAACAUGCUGAAGUGUUCAAGGGAGAACUUGGUAGUAUGAAGGACAUUACAGUUAAAUUGACAGUGAAACCAAACAGCAAGCCCAAAUGCUUCAAAGCCAGGCCUGUCCCAUACGCCAUAAAGCCAAAAGUUGAAGCUGAACUGGACAAACUAGUCAAGAGUAAAGUAUUGCACCCAGUAAGUGUUAGUGAAUGGGCUACACCAGUUGUUCCAGUCAUGAAGAAAGACGGAUCCAUCAGACUGUGUGGCGACUUCAAAGUCACUGUGAACCCCGUCUUGACAGCUGAACAAUAUCCAUUACCCCUCAUUGACGAUCUGUUUGCUGGUUUAGCUGGAGGACAAAAAUUCAGUAAGAUAGACUUAUGUCAGGCUUAUCUUCAGAUGCAUGUUGACGAAGAGUCACAAGAACUGUUGACCAUAGUGACUCAUAAAGGACUGUUCAGGUACCGGAGGCUUCCUUUUGGGAUCACCUCAGCCCCGGCCUUGUUCCAGAGAGCUAUGGACCAGAUACUGAGUGGGCUCACCGGUGUCCAGUGUUACCUCGAUGACCUUCUCAUCACAGGUAAAGACGAACAGGAGCACCUGAGAAACCUUGACGCUGCACUACAGAGACUGGAGAAGUACGGACUGCGGGUCCGGACGGACAAAUGUGAGUUUUUCCAGUCUUCAGUUGAGUAUCUGGGCCACAUUAUCGACGGUGCUGGCCUGCACAAGGCACCAUCUAAGGUAAAAGCUGUUGAGGAAGCUCCAUCCCCACAAAAUGUGAGUCAGCUGCGAUCAUUCUUGGGACUACUGACGUACUACGCAAAGUUUGUGCCGAACCUAUCAAACAUGCUAAAACCACUGCAUGAACUGUUGAACAAAGCCACACAGUGGAAGUGGUCAGACAGAUGUGAGGAAGCUUUUAAGGCAGCUAAAAGAGCCUUAGUCCAUUCAGAAGCCCUCACCCACUUCAACCCCGACUUGUCAUUACAGUUAGCGUGUGACGCAUCGCCUUAUGGUGUUGGUGCUGUGAUCUCACACAUAAUGCCAUCAGGUGAAGAAAGGGCAAUUGCUUUCGCAUCACGGACUUUGAGCAAAGCAGAGAGCAAUUAUGCACAGAUAGAGCGUGAAGCACUCUCUAUAAUCUUCGGAGUAAAGAAAUUCCAUCAGUUUCUGUUUGGAAAACGAUUCACGCUGCUAACAGACCAUAGACCACUCACCUCCAUCUCUGGACCCCACACUGGAAUUCCAUCGCUCGCAGCCAGCCGCAUGCAGCGAUGGGCAUUACUGUUGUCUGCUCACCAGUAUGACAUCAAGUACAGAAGAGCUGAGCAGCACUGUAAUGCAGACGGCCUCUCAAGGCUUCCCUUACCUGUCACACACACAAAGCACUCUGAGGCUAAAAUCUUCUACUUCAAGGAAGUGAGCAACGCCCCAGUUGCCUCAGCCCAUGUGAAGAAGUUCACCCGCACUGACCCAGUGAUGUCGGAGGUCAUGGACAUUGUCACUCAUGGGAGAGAAAGAGAGCUGUCAGACAGCCUAAAGCCUUACCUGGUGAGGAGGAACGAGCUCACAGUUCAGGCUGGAUGCUUGUUAUGGGGUUUUCGAGUCAUCAUUCCGCCGCCACUGAGAAAGCAGGUGCUUGAGGAACUCCAUUCAGGGCACUGUGGCAUGGUGCGAAUGAAAGAGAUUGCGCGCAGCUACUUUUGGUGGCCAGGCUUAGACGCAGCUAUCGAAGACAAAGUCAAGUCAUGUUCUGCAUGUCAAAAGAUGAGAAACAUGCCUCAGCUAGCGCCACUACACCCAUGGGACUUCCCAGAGGAGCCUUGGCAGAGAGUCCACAUAGACUGUGCAGGUCCACUGGAGGAUUGUAUGUUCUUAGUCGUAGUUGAUGCACACAGCAAAUGGCCAGAGGUCGCCAUAAUGAAGAGCACUUCAUCAGAGAGAACCAUCGAAGAGCUACGGUCCAUCUUCAGUCGCUUUGGAUUGCCCAUGCAACUCGUUAGCGAUAACGGCCCGCAACUGGUGUCUGAAGAGUUCCAGUCAUUCAUGGAAGCAAACGGAAUCCAGCACAUCAAGUCAGCUCCCUAUCAUCCCGCCACAGACGGCCUAGCGGAAAGAUUUGUGCAGACGUUGAAGCAAGCUCUAAAAUCAUCACAAGGAAACGGAUCGCUCAACAAGCGCCUAAGCACCUUCCUGUUGACCUACAGAAACACCCCCCAUGCUACAACCAAAGUGGCCCCAGCGUCAGCCAUGAUGAAAAGACAGCUGCGCACACGACUUGAUCUUCUGAGACCACUGAAGACUAAGCAGGUCGUACAGACACAACAAAGAGCACAGGUGGAGAGACGGAGCAAGGCAAAAGACAGAAGCUUCAGAGCUGGAGAGAGAGUUCUUGCUCGGAACUACUGUAAAGGUCCGAAGUGGAUACCAGCAACAGUUGUCGCACAAACAGGCCCUGUGUCCUACACAGUUCUAACACCAGAGAACAUCAUCUGGAGGAGACACGUGGAUCAACUGUUGCCAGGAACCAACCUCAGUGAUGACUCGGGUCAAAUGGCAAACCCAGAACAGCUACUGGAGCCAUUCCAUGGUUUUGAGCCAUCAUCACUGCAGCAACCUGAAAACAUGGAAGGGGUUCCCUACUCACCUGAACCAGUGGGUGUGCCUAUUCAGGGUACUGAUGCACCCCAGUCUGGGCAUACACCAUCACCAGGCGGGCUCAGAGACAGUGGGACUGUAGAUUUGCCCGUAGGUCGUCAUUACCCCACCAGACAACGACGACCCCCUGACAGGUUGAACCUGUAG